GGGCCCGGGCCCCAGAGCGCAGCGGAGGCGGAGGCGGAGCGGAGCGGGCGAGGCAGCGCGGAGCAGAGGCCGGACCAACAGCCGCUCCGCCUCCCUGACCCGCAGGGCCCCGACGGGCGCACCUCGUGGGCUCUCCCGGUGCCCGAAGACAGGCGCAUGGCGCCCGGGGAAACGCGCUGAGCGCGGGUCGCGGCGCCGCGGGCGGCACCAUGGCCCUGGAGCGGGCGCUGCAGGCAGCGCGGCUGGGCGAGCUGGACGUGCUGAAGUCCCUGCAGGGCGCAGGCCUGCUGGGGCCCUCUCUGCGCGAUCCGCUGGACGCGCUGCCAGUGCACCACGCUGCCCGCGCCGGCAAGCUGCACUGCCUGCGCUUCCUGGUGGAGGAGGCCGCCCUGCCCGCCACGGCCCGCGCGCGCAACGGCGCCACGCCGGCCCACGAUGCCGCCGCCACCGGCCACCUCGCCUGCCUGCAGUGGUUGCUCUCGCAGGGCGGCUGCAGGGUGCAGGACAAAGACAAUUCUGGUGCCACAGUCCUGCAUCUGGCUGCCCGCUUCGGCCACCCGGAGGUGGUGGACUGGCUGCUGCAUCAUGGCAGUGGGGAUCCCACUGUGGCCACAGACAUGGGCGCCCUGCCUAUCCACUAUGCCGCCGCCAAAGGAGACUUCCCCUCCCUGAGGCUUCUCAUCAGGCACUACCCUGAGGGAGUGAAUGCCCAAACCAAGAACGGUGCCACGCCCUUGUACCUGGCGUGCCAGGAGGGCCACCUGGAGGUGACGCAGUACCUGGUGCAAGAGUGCGGCGCGAACCCGCACGCGAGCGCCCACGACGGCAUGACCCCGCUGCACGCUGCGGCGCAGAUGGGCCACAGCCCGGUCAUCGUGUGGCUGGUGAGCUGCACAGACGUGAGCCUGUCGGAGCGGGACAAGGAUGGCGCCACGGCCAUGCAUUUCGCGGCGAGCCGCGGCCACGCCAAAGUGCUCAGCUGGCUCCUGCUGCACGGUGGCGAGAUCUCCGCCGACCUGUGGGGCGGGACCCCACUGCAUGACGCCGCCGAGAAUGGGGAGCUGGAGUGCUGCCAGAUCUUGGUAGUGAACGGCGCGGAGCUGGACGUCCGCGACCGCGACGGGUACACGGCCGCCGACCUCUCGGACUACAACGGCCACAGCCACUGCACCCGCUACCUGCGCACCGUGGAGAACCUGAGUGUAGAGCACCGCGUGCUGUCCCGGGAUCCGUCCGCUGAGCUGGAGACCAAGCAACCCGACUCGGGCAUGUCCUCGCCCAAUACCACCAUGUCGGUCCAGCCACCGAACUUUGACCUCAGCUCGCCUACCAGCACCCUCUCCAACUAUGACUCCUGCUCCUCCAGCCACUCCAGCAUGAAGGGCCAGCGCCGCCCCCUGCGUGGGCUUCCCAGUGCAAGGGCUGCAGAUAUACAGAGCUACAUGGACAUGCUGAGCCCGGAGCUGGGCCUGCCCCGUGACAAGAUGGAGAGAAGCACACCACCACCACCCAGCUUCCCUCCGCCACCCCCACCCCCAGGCACCCAACUGCCCCCACCUCCACCAGGCUACCCAGCUCCCAAGCCCCCUGUGGGGCUACAGGCAGCUGACAUCUACAUGCAGACCAAGAACAAACUCCGCCACGUGGGGACUGAGCCCUUCAAGAAGGAGCUGAGCUCCCGCGACGGCCACAACGGGCUGCGGAGGCAGGACUCCAGCCGCAAGCCCCGCGCCUUCAGCAAGCAGCCCAGCACGGGGGACUACUACCGCCAGCUGGGCCGCUGUCCCGGGGAGCCGCCGGCCGCACGCCCGGGCAUGGCGCACAGCGAGGAGGUGCGUGCCCGCCAGCCCGCGCCCGCCGGCCGCCCGGGACCCGGCGGGGCCGCCCGCUUCUCACUCGCUGGCCCCUCCGCUCCCCCGCAGGCGGCGCUGCUCCCCGGGAACCAUGUGCACAACGGCUGCGCCGCGGACCCCAAGGCGUCCAGGGACCUGCCGCCGCCGCCGCCGCCGCCGCCGCCCCUGCCCGAGGCCCUGAGCUCGGCGCCGCCUGCUCCGCCUCUGCCCUUUGAGGGCGCCGGUCCCGGCUGCGGGCAGCGGCGCUCCUCCUCGUCCACUGGCAGCACCAAGUCUUUCAACAUGAUGUCCCCGACGGGCGACAACUCUGAGCUGCUGGCUGAGAUCAAGGCGGGCAAGAGUCUGAAGCCGACGCCGCAGAGCAAGGGGCUGACCACGGUGUUCUCCGGCAGCGGGCAACCGGCCUCCCAGCCCGACUCGCCGCUGCUGCCGGCGUCGCCCGCGCCGUCACGGGCCCGGAGCCCCACCCCGCCGGUUGCAGGACCCCAGCCGCUGCUCAACGGUAGCGUGGCGCCGGCGCCGCCCGCCACCCCUGCGCCUGGCGUGCAGCUCGAUGUGGAGGCGCUCAUCCCCACACACGACGAGCAGGGCCGGCCCAUCCCGGAGUGGAAGCGCCAGGUGAUGGUGCGCAAGCUGCAGCUGAAGAUGCAGGAGGAAGAGGAGCAGAGGCGGAAGGAGGAGGAGGAGGAGGCCCGGCUGGCCAGCAUGCCUGCCUGGAGGCGGGACAUCCUGCGGAAGAAGCUCGAAGAGGAGAGGGAGCAGAAGCGGAAAGAGGAGGAGCGACAGAAGCAGGAGAAGAUGCAGCGGGAGAAAGAGCAGUCGGAGAAGCUGCGGACGCUGGGCUACGACGAGACCAAGCUGGCGCCUUGGCAGCGGCAGAUCAUCCUGAAGAAGGGAGACAUCGCUAAGUACUAGAUGCCGCCCUCCUGUACGCAGCCUUCCGAGUUCGUAGGGGGGCCCCCCAGCUCCCGCCCUGGCCUGGCAGGCCCGGGAGCCGCGCCGCCCUCCCCUCCCGCGCUGGAACCCCUCCCUGACCCUCACCCCAGGCCCCGCAUCCUCAGCCCGGGGUGACGCUGGAGCACGCCCGCCCCCGCAGUCGCCCAGAAAAAGUGCCCAAGCUGUUGACGCAAAAAGAUGCUGCUUAUUUGCAUGCCUACUUACAUAUAUUUGCAUGUUCGUUGAAUGUCAAAAUGUGCAGAGCUCUCCCUAGCCCCGUGGGUGGUGACUUUGAUUUCCCCGCGGGGCGCGCACCGGCUGCAGCCCCCUCCCCCGCACCCCGGAACCCGCGUGGCUGGCGCAUCCUGGGCGGAGGCGGGCCCCACGCUCGGGGAAGGGGUUUUCCUCCCUCCCUGACCCAGAUCUGCGCCCGGCCUAGCCGGGGCCACAUUUCCCAUCCCCGCCAAGGGUUUCCUCUCAGUCAUUUGUUUACCAGAAACGAUGAAAACUGCAAACUGCCCGUCGGGACGGAGUUGCCGCUCCUGGGGCCCCACCUCUGCCCCCACUUCCCUCCAGUUAAGUCUGCGCCCCGUCCCCGGCUAGGCCCCGCGCUCCUCGGACCCUUUCACUGCCCUGGUGGAGUGAGUGGAGGACGAGGGGCCCUGGACCUGCCUCCAACUGCUGCCUCCCCAGUCCCCGCGCCCCCGCCGUCUCGCACCCCCAUUAAAGCGCUCUCAGCCGCCCGGGCCUCACGUUCA